CGGUCCUGACCAAAUAUGAGCCCCCCCCACGCAGCUGGCUCAGUCUACGCUUGGGAACAAAUGAACGGGCUGCGACGGAGGAGAAGGCCCUCCAAUGCCAGAAUCCCAACUGCACCGACAAACGCAGAGCAGUGAAGGUAUGCCACCACGCCGAAUGCCAGCAGCUGAACCACAACGGACCCCUUCAGUUGUGCGAGGUGUGUGACGGACGCUUCCACAGUGCCAUGUACUUUGACGGACACAUCCGCUUCGACCUGCCUCCCCAAGGUUCUAUCCUGGCGCGGAAUGUCUCCACACGGUCGUGUCCGCCGCGCACCAGCCCUGCCUCAGACGUGGAGGAAGAGGAGGAUGGGCUUAUUGAUGGGAAAGGGGACAAGAAAAGCUCAGCGCUGAAACUGCCCAAGAAGAAAGCCAGGAGGAGACACACGGAUGAUCCCAGCAAGGAAUGCUUCACCUUGAAGUUUGAUCUGAAUGUGGAUAUUGAGAUGGAGAUUGUGCCAGCCGUGAAGAAGAAAUCUUUGGGGGAAGUGCUGCUGCCGGUCUUUGAGAGGAAAGGGAUCGACCUGGCUAAAGUGGACAUUUACCUGGAUCAGUCCAACACCCCCCUCUCGCUCCACUUUGAGGCGUAUCGAUUUGGAGGACACUACCUGCGUGUGAAAGCCAAACCUGGGGAUGAGCUCAAAGUGGAACAGGCAGUGAAGGACUUCAAGUCUUUGAGCCUGCCCAUCCUGCGCCCCCCGGGCAUCAGCCCCCCCUUCCCUUGCACCCCCUCCCUGGAUCGGCUGGAGCAGCUGUCGCUUCGCAGGGAAAGUGCCGACAUCCUGGCGCCUGGAAGACAGAGGAAGAACAUGAAUGAGUUCCUGGGCGACUCCAACAUCCCCAGCGGCGAACCCUUGCAGCCUGCCAACAGCUCCUUGUGCAGCAACGGCGUCGACACCUGGAAGAACCGGGCCGCCAGCCGCUUCAGCGGCUUCUUCGGUUCCGGCAACAGCGCCAGCCCCUUUGCACGGGAGAUGGACAAGAUGGAGCAGCUGGAGGGCAAACUGCACACGUUCAGCCUCUUCGGUUUGCCCAAGUUCCCACCGCAGCUCCGCUUCGAUCAGGAUUCCUGGGAGGAGGAAGAAGAGGAGGAUGACGCCAACCUGCACCUGGAAGACAGCUGGCAAGAGAUCAUAGAGGGCACAGAGGCUCUGACGCGCCGGCAGUGCCACCAGCAGGAGGCGAUCUGGGAGCUGCUGCACACGGAGGCCUCCUACAUCCGGAAGCUGAAAGUCAUCACUGACCUGUUCCUGUGCUGCCUGUUGAACUUGCAGGAAUCAGGGCUGCUGUGUGAGGUAGAAGCCGAGCGCCUCUUCAGCAACAUCCCAGAGAUUGUCCAGCUGCACCGAGGCCUGUGGGGAAGCGUCAUGGCCCCCGUGCUGGCCAAGGCCCGGGCCAGCCGGAUGCUGAUGGACCCCACCGACUUCUUCAAGGGCUUCAAGACGUUUGGCUCCCAUUUCAAGCCUUACAUCCGAUAUUGCAUGGAGGAGGAAGGCUGCAUGGAAUACAUGCGGAACUUGCUACGGGACAACGAGCUAUUCCGGACCUACGUCACGUGGGCCGAGAAGCACAAGCAGUGCAACCGAUUGAAGCUGAGCGACAUGUUGGUGAAGCCCCACCAGCGCCUGACCAAGUACCCUCUGCUGCUGAAGUCAGUGCUGAAGAAGACGGAGGAGCCCCGCACGCGCGAGGCCAUCGUCACCAUGAUCAACUCGGUGGAGUGCUUCAUCAACCACGUCAACUCCUGCAUGCGCCAGCGCCAGGAGCAGCAGCGCUUGGCCACCAUUGUCAGCCGCAUCGACGCCUACGAGGUGGUGGAGGGCAGCACCGAUGAGGUGGACAAGAUCCUGAAGGAGUUCUUGCGCCUGGACCUGACGGCCCCCAUCCCAGGAACCUCCACCGAGGAGACGCGCCAGCUUCUGCUGGAGGGGAGUCUUAAAAUGAAAGAAGGCAGGGACAGUAAGAUGGACGUCUACUGCUUCCUCUUCACGGACCUCUUCCUCAUCACCAAGCCGGUGAAGAAGGCCGAGCGCACCAAGGUCAUCCGCCAGCCCUUGCUGGUCGACAAGGUGGUGUGCCGCACGCUCAAGGAUCCAGGUUCCUUCCUGCUGAUUUAUCUCAAUGAAUUCCGGAGUGCGGUGUGUGCCUACACCUUCCAGACCAGCGGGCAGUCUCUCUGCCGCAGCUGGAUAGAUGCCCUCUGCAAUGCCCAGAACAAACUCCAGCACCUGCGUCUCCAGGAGUACCAGCGCAGUCAGCAGCUGCAGAGCCUUGAGGAAGAGGAGGAGGAGGAAGAGGAGGAGGAAGAGGAUGGAGAGAGCCUGGCCAGCUCCCCCACCAUCCUCCGCAAGAGCACCAACAGUUUGGACUCCCAGCAGUGCCUCUCCGACGGCUCCACGGAGACCAUCUCCGUGGUGGUGGUGGAGGCCGGCGAGGGCCCUCCGUCGCCCGACUUCGAGGCCAGCCCGUUCAGCUCGCCAUCGGACGAGGCUUCCAUCAGCACCACGGCGCCCUCCAGCGCGCCCUCCGUGGAGUCGUGCGAAGCCCUCCCGGCCGUCGCCGAGCGCAGCCUGAGACCGGACGCCGGGUCGUGCCGCUCAGCCUCCAUCGACAGCGCCUACGGCACGCUUUCGCCCACCUCCGUCGAGGAGUUUGCAGGGCAGCAGCAAGGGACAGCAGCAGUGAGGGAGGAGGAGGAGGAGGAGGGGGAGAACGGCAGCGCGGCGCCCUCUCAACGGGCCGGAUCCCCAAAGCUGCGCCGGCAAACGCCGGUGCAGCUGCUGGCCACCAAGACCAAAGUGCUGAAGUCCAAGUCGGAGGCCAACCUCUUGCAGCUGGUCCCGGCCUCCUCGCAGGCCCAGCUGAGCCAGAGCAGAAGCCUCUCGGAACUCUGCCCGGCCGUCUUCCUCUUGGGCUCCCCGCGGACUAACGGCUCCAGGGGCCCAGGGGCCGGCCGAGCGGGCCGUGCCGGGCCCCGCAACAGCAGCAGCAGCAGCAGCAGCAGCAGCAACAGCAGCGCUUCGGAGCUGUCGGAGGCCGAGGAGCCCGGGGUCGGCGUUCCGGCCCCCUCCGACGGGCCGCAGCCCCCGUGCUGGCUGUCCGGGGAGCGCCACAGGGAGGAGCUGCCCACCACCCGACGGACCCUUUCUGACCCGCAAGCGAUCCAGCACCGCAAGCUGACGCUGGCCCAGCUUUACCGCAUCCGCACGACGCUGCUGCUCAACUCCACGCUCACCGCCUCGUGA